CUUUUGCUGUCUCGCUAUUUAUAUAAUCUCUCCUCUUAUCUUACCCCUGCAGGCUCUAGUAACAGAUUCCGUUUCUUCGCUUGGGAAUUUUUUUUUCUCUCCGUUACCAACAAUAAAGUGCGAGAACGAGAAUUUUCAGUUUUUUGUCUCUUUAUUAGUUCGAUGAGAACCACAGCUCUUCGAAAAUGAACGUGAAGAUGAUGAUGAAUAUAGAGACAAUACUGGGUUUACUGCUUUUUCUUGCUUUCUCGCCAUGGUGCACUUUCUCGCUGGACCAACUCCUGGUUGGUAUGACUCUGGUUCGAGACGCCACUGCUUACGGCGCCGUUUGUCUGGAUGGAAGUUUGCCCGCGUAUCAUCUGCACAGAGGAUUCGGCGCUGGAGCAAACAACUGGAUUUUACAGUUUGAGGGUGGUGGGUGGUGUAAUGAUAUACCAUCAUGCCUGGAGAGAGCAAAUACGCGCCGUGGAUCAACUCGUUACAUGAACAAGUUCGAAGUCUUCUCUGGCAUCUUAAGCAACAACGCCUCCCUCAAUCCAGAUUUUUACAACUGGAACCGUGUGAAGCUGAGAUAUUGUGAUGGAGCCUCAUUUUCAGGGGAUAGCAAGUUUGACAAUGGGACGUCGUUGCUUUAUUUCAGAGGGCAGAAAAUUUGGGAAGCGAUUAUCCGUGACCUUUUACCUAAAGGGUUGGCAAGUGCACACAAGGCAUUGCUUUCAGGUUGCUCCGCCGGGGGUCUAGCAACCUUUCUGCACUGUGACAACUUCACAAAGAUUUUACCAAGCAAUGCCAGUGUGAAAUGUUUAAGUGAUGCUGGAUUUUUUCUGGAUGAACAAGACAUAAGUUUGAAUUACACUAUGAGGUCCUUCUACCAUGAUCUAGUUGCUCUACAGGGGAUAGAGGAAAAUCUAAAUCCAAAUUGCACAAGGUCGAUCAACAACCCAAAGCUGUGUUUCUUUCCCCAGUAUGCUUUGAAAUAUAUCACAACGCCGUAUUUUAUCUUGAACUCAGCUUAUGAUGUAUUCCAGUUUCAUCAUAGUCUGGUUCCACCUUCUUCUGAUUUGCAUGGACGAUGGAAUCGUUGCAAGCUUAAUCCAGCAGCAUGCAAUGCAAGUCAGAUCAAUGUAUUGCAAGGUUUGAGACAGGAUAUGCUUACAGCUCUUUACUCAUUCUACAAAAGUUCAAGUAGAGGGGGGAUGUUUAUAAAUUCAUGCUUUGCUCAUUGCCAAAGUGAGUCACAGGACACAUGGUUUGCUGUUGAUUCUCCAAGAAUACACAAUAAGACUAUUGCAGAAGCAGUUGGUGAUUGGUACUUCAGCAGAAGAGUAACCAAAGAGAUUGACUGCCCGUAUCCUUGUGAUACCACUUGCCACAACCUGAUACCGUCACCUCAGGUAACCUUUUAUCAAGAGAGGGGAUGCUGAAAGGAAGUAUAGAUGGUCAUAGGUUAAAGAUAUUUUAAAACGCCAUUACACCAGAAUCAAUUAUAGAUGAUUUUUCCCGAUUCAUCAAAGGAAUCAAUAAGAAGUCCAAUUGAUUUCCAUUCAUUUUUUAACAAAUUUAUAGAGAAAAUAUUAGCCUUUUGAUCAGGAUGCUGAGAAGAAGUAGCAGGAUAGCAGAACCGUUGAAAGCUCCACGUUUUUUGGAAAGUUUUGAAUAGAGGUCGUAAUUUGUAAAUCAAAUACUGUAUUCACAAUAAAUAUAUAUAUAUAUAUAUAUAUUUGCAUUAUCCUUUGUCUAAAACUAAAUAGAUGUUACAGCAGGACACAUUUCAUUUAUUACAAUUUUAGUUUUUUUUUUUAAAUUUUAAAAUAUAAAUAGUUUUGUAUAUUUUAGGACAAUUUUAUUUUUAGAAUAAAA